AUGGACGACAAGCCGGCUAUUGUGCUCUUCAGUGGUGGCUGGCACACACCGGAGACCUACAUCAAACUGACGAAAGCACUGGCUGCCGCUGGCCUCGACGUACACUGUCCCAGAAAUCCUUCCACCCAUCAAAUACGUCCGCCGACGUCGAGCCUCGCCCACGACUCGGAGAACAUGCGCAGCUAUGUAUCCAAGCUGGUUGAUGGAGGCCGUCGAGUUGUCGCCCUGGGCCAUUCUUACGGCGGACAGGUCAUGACGAACUCUCUCUACGGGUUGGGUUUCGAUGCUCGCAAGGCGAGAGGUUUGGUGGGAGGAGUCACUGAUUUGAUCUAUCUUUGUGCAUUCGCCUUGGAGGAGGGCGGUUCCAGUGUGUAUAUCCUUACUUCUCUACUCCUACUUCUCUCAUUAACCACAACCCCUUUGGCAGUGUUCAGCAAGGUUAAAGAAAUGGGGCACGAAGGAUUGAUGCCUCUCGCUUUUGACUUCGCAGACGACAUGACCGUUCUUGCGCGCGACCCGAGAAACCAGCUUGUUGGCCAAUGCUCUGACGAUUCCGAGGUGGAAGAGUAUCUGAACAGCCUCGUACUUUGGAACGGGCAGUGCAUGUAUGAUAAAAUCGAGUAUUGCGCCUGGAGAGAGAUUCCCGUCACGUACAUCUACACACUCAGCGACAUGACGACGCCCCUCGAUUAUCAGAAGUCGAUGGUGGCAGUGAUGGAAGCAGCAGGUCGUGUGGUGAAGACGCAUGAACUGGCCACGGGACAUUGCCCAAACCUCACGGCUACAAAGGACGUCGUCGACAUCUGUGGGGAGGUGGUAAAAGCUCGACGAUUGUAG